AUGGGUAGAAAGAACAAAAGUGGUGUGUCUCCUCAGAAUCAAGAAUCAUGUCAUAAGCUAAAUUUCUUGCAUCAGGUAAGUAAAUUUUUUAAGAUUAUUUGUACCUAGCUCAAAUGCUGUCCAAAGCUGAUGGUUUAAUAUCUAACUGCUAAACAAAUACACUAUUAUUUUGAUUUAACCACUAUUUUCUCAUAAAAACAAAUGUUUGUUAAUUAUUCUACAGGCUUCUCAUGUAGUGCUGGCCAUCAACCCAGAAAAUGUGGAAAUGUCAAGAUUUUAUGCAAGCACAAUGAAAUCAACAGCUCAAAAACUGGUGUUUAAAUUGUAUGCGUUAUAAAUCAGCACUUUAUUGAUAUAAGAAUAUGGUUGGAUGGUAUGGAAAACCUAUAGGAUUAUCAUUUGUGUUGGAUCAACGCUAUUUAAUUUAUGUGGAAUGUUGAAUUGGGGGCUGCAUUUUCCAGCAAACAAAUAAUAAGACUACUCACUAGUCAGAUAGAGGUUGUUAUUGUGAUCUUAACACUAAAUUCUCGUAGCUAAUUUACAAGGAAAUGUGUUGUAUUUGGAGGGGAAGAAUUAACAAUCAGGUCUUGGGAGUUAAAGGGUUAACUGAUCAAGAAACUUAAGGUCAACACUGGGUGAAACAGUCAUGUAAUGUUUUCAAUGCUGGAUUCUAUAUUGAAAGGUUUGGGUUCUACCCCUGUCAGUGUCAUACUGUUGUGUCCUUUAGCAAGACCUGACUGACUAUUUCCAACAAGGAGUUUAAAGGUUGUGAACCAUCAGGGGAACCUUACAAAAUUCUGGGCAUAAGCAGGAAGUAAACUGCCAUUUACAAGUAUAUCAUCCAGGAAGAAUUGCUAUUGCAUUGUUUUUCUAUUCCACUGAAUUAUUUGUUGCUUCUAUUGAAUGAAAUUAGUUUAGUGUGAGAGAUGGCAACAAAAAUGUCACACAACAGAGAGUUUUUUCUUUUAAACUUUAGCAGAGAAAACAGCCCUGUUACCUUAUUUUAUCAACCUCUUACUUAAAGUAACAAUCACUUUAUUUUAAUACAUUUGGUGUGUGUAACCGAACUGUUUUCUUCUGUCAGGGAUCCAAGCAUCAAAAGGACUAUUUGCAAGCAUUGUCAUGCUCUUCUCAUACCAGGAAUUACAGCAAGAGUCAGAGUCAGACGUAAGUUGGACUAACAUCUUGAGUUUCUACAUGAAAUGUAGAAUAUGUUUACCCUGUGCUUUUUUACGCAAAAAAUAACCAUCGAUGCUUGAAGUGUUAUUUUCCAAAGAAGCAGUUGUAGUGUUGUGGCAGAUAAAAGUUGUAGUCACGUGGAGAUUUCUACUGUGAUACAUGUUUUUCAAAAAAAUGAGAUAAGCUUUAGUGUGCCAUAUCCAGAGUUUGAUUUGACAAGACUCCAUAUUUCUAGACUUGUAGGUAUUAAGUCUUGGUGUUCUUUUCUUCAGGGAGAAGAGAGAGACACAUUGUGGUUACAUGCCUGGAAUGUCAGACCAUCAAAAGGUAUCUCUGUAGACCUAACCAUGUUUUGUGGAGUGAAAAACACAAUACCACCAAGCAGCAAGAUAAUGACAAUGAUGAGGUUGUGCAAGAAAAUCAAAAGGAAAGACAGGAGAAGAGUUAA